AUGGAGGCCGAUGCAAAUUUCUAUCAAGAUCCUCCCUCUCCAGAGAAUGCAGAGGCACCAGCACCGCAGCGACGGCGUCGCCCACCCCUGUCUUGUACAGUGUGUCGCCGUCGUAAACUCAAAUGCGAUCGCUCACUUCCAUGCGGGCAAUGUCUACGCUCGAAAACACCGCACGAAUGUGUUUUUGUCGGACCUCAGCCAGGUCCUGCAGAGCCACAGAAAAUGUCACCACCUGUAGCAAAGCGAGCUAAUAACGAGCCAGAUCGCAAAAGUGGCAUGUUUGUCUUUGACUCGAAGUUGGGGGCCAGUUUGUCGAGGGGUACUAAGCGUGCGCGGCCUGAUGAGCUGCAUGAGCUCCGAAAUCGGCUGCGCACAUUAGAGAAUUCUGUCGGCAGGCCUUCUGUGCUUCAAACGCCUGAGACGUCUGUUGGUGAUGUGUUCUCCCCCUCUGAGGAGGGGACAGUUAAUAGUUCGGAGAAUGUCGGUGUCGAGGAUCGAGUGCGGUUUUUACCUGACUCGAGUUUCCGGGGGAAGAAAGCCAAAACGAGGUAUUUUGGCCGCAGUCAUUAUACAACAACUGUUUCAUUUUUCCAAGAUAUUGGUGCCUUCUUGCGCCGUGGUCACGGAUGUCGACAAGUCAAAGAUCAGGAGUAUACUGAUAUGAAAAAGUUCAAAACUGAGCUUUGGUCGCGCGAGACGCAAGAUCACCAGCGCUCGUUCCGUGAACAGCCGUUUAACUUGCAAGAAAUGGUGCCACCGCGACAGGUCGCAGAUCAUUUACUACAGCUCUAUCUGGAUACCUUUGAGACGACAUACCGUAUUUUGCAUACUCCGACCUUGUUGAGGCAGUAUGCCGAUUACUGGGUAGGCACUGAAACCCCCGACGCGGCUUUUAUUGCCCAACUACUAGCUGUGAUGGCGGCCGGUAGCUGCUUCUAUGUGCCAACACCAGGCCAAGACGAGCGAGACGCAUUUCAGAAACCCGCCAUGAACUGGAUCAUGGCUGUGCAGUCUUAUAUCUCAUGCACAUUUGUCAGUCCGGAGAUAGAUCUGCGAAUGCUGCAAACGCAAUGUCUCCUUCUUGUGGCCCGUCUUGGAGUCGCAAGUGACGGCGACGUAGCUUGGGCGUCUAUGGGGUCUUUGAUUCGUUCUUCAAUGAUAAUGGGUCUCCAUCGCGAUCCGACUCGGUUCCGCAAAUGUACACCGUUUUAUGCUGAACUGCGACGCCGGCUGUGGGUUACCAUUGUCGAGCUGGAUCUCAAAAUCUCCCUUGACCGUGGGGUUCCACCAUCGGUUGAUCUAGAUGAGUGCGACUGCGAUCUACCGUCUAACUGGAAUGACGCAGAUCUAGUACUGGAUAUGGAGCAAAAUCCAGCGCCUCUCAGUACAGCGCUCUAUACGCAGAACUUCUACCAGACUCUCUUAAUGAAGACUCUACCAUUGCGUUAUCGUAUCGCCAGGAAAAUAAACACCCUUCGAUUCAACCUGUCUUACGAUGAUGCCUUAAGAAUGGGCGACGUACUCUCUCGCAGCAUGCAGAGCGCAUCAUCCUUAUUCGAAGACAACGCAUCGAGCACAUUACCCGAAGAAUCAAGUCGCCACCAAUUUGCCCAGUCUCUACAUUUAUUCAUAAUGCGCAAAUUUCUUCUCGCCCUCCAUCGCCCCUUUUCUCUCAGUGUGGUUCGACUUCCCAAAUGCUCAUACUCACGCAAAGUCUGCUUGGAGGAGUCUCUCGGCAUAAUAUCGCAGAUGGAACUCCCUCUUUCACCUGAGGAUAUCCAGUAUCCCCAUAUCACACAGCUUGGCAGUGGCAUGUUCCGUGAUGAGACUUUCCAUGCUGCAAUAACGGUCUGCGUGGAGUUAUCACUCCAAGCAAAUGAAAUGAAAAAAUCCACCUCCUCAGGAAUGGACGGUGUGAACUCUAGUGUUUUGAUGAGUAUGAUUCAAUCACAGCAGGGCGUUAUGAUGCAGGCAAUCGAGCGCACAGCCGAUAACUUCGGGAGACGCAUUGGUGUUGGUGGCAAGGGGUGCAAGCCAUUCUUCUUUUUGAACAUCGUCAUGGCGUCUGUCAAAUCUCGUGUCAGGGGUGAAGAUCCUUUAUGCAACGUUGAGUCUGCCGCGAAGAGAGCGGUCCGAAUUUCUCGAUUGGUGUUGGAUGGGGCUUCAUAUCGUGAUGCUCAGAUUACUGUGGACACUCGACCGGUUCAGGUUAGUAUCUCCAGCUAUGACUAUUUCCCAGUCAUUUCUAAUCUGUUCAUUCAGACGCCCAUUCCUUCGGGUGCCACUCCUAUGACUGGGACACCGAGUGAUAUUGAUCCUUCGUCCUUGUUGUCCACUGACUUCAGUGAUUUCACACAGCCAAUGGAUCUAGGAGGCUGGUUUGACAGCUUGGAUUACACUGGCCCAGAGAUGUGGGAUGCAGAUCUUUUUAAAAAUCUUCCAGCAUUUCCCUAA